AAUAGAUUGUCAAAUUGGAACGAUCGAUAAUGUUAUUAUAAUUAAACCGACGGACAAAGUUUUAUCUAAACCGAAUAAAUAUGAAGACGAGAAAUUCUUUGAAAAUGAAAUGAGACUUUCAUAAAAUGGAAAUGAAAUUUUGCGUCAUUAAAUACCGUAUUAUAACAUAACGGGACUUUUGCAUAUACAACUUUCAAAGCAUCAUAUAUUUCAUAUGUCUAAUAGCUGUUCCCAUGCCACUAUAUGUAGGUAGGGAAUCAACUUCUCUCUUCCCAAGGUCGCCUGCUACGUUUUUUCAGUAAUCCAAUACACAGUGCGUAUUGUACUACCGUGCUGUGAGGAAUACAUUUUCGGAUUGUGAAAUCGUUCUUGAAACGCACGUGUUAUAAUGGUAUAUACAAUAGUGUAGAGGCAAGUGCAGGAUGUAGUCUCGGAUCUAUUGCGAGAAUUAUAUAUGGGACGAGAUACGUGACCUCUGCCCCAUCUUUCAAACACUUUAGAUGAGCCCGUGCAGCGCGUUCAUCACUGAGUAUGUCCAUGCAUGCACAAGUAAGACUUCUAAACAUCGUCUAGUUCGUAUUUUAAGCAUACGGAUGAAGCAUAUCGGGGCUUGUGGCUGAGAAUUGUCGUGUAACUGAAAGAGCGACUGUGCAAUUCAAACGCUAUGCGGAGUUAGAAAAAAUUCCACAUUCUGAAGCCGAGCGAUCGCGAAACUGCAGUAAAAUAAUAUUUCGUUCUUCGAAUACGUGAGCGCCGCAUCAUUGUACGAUAUAGGCUUAAAUUUGUGUGACGUAUUAUGUGCAAAGAACAGAGAGUAAUAAUGCAUAGCCUCUGAUAAGAAAUUUUACAAAACAGAGCAUCCAUCAUGACUCUUGUCAAAUCAGUUUGUUCUAAAGCUGGCGGUCAGUCACGCACAAAAUUCAAGACAUUGAUCAGUAAAACCGAAAACAUGAUCCGCUUAGCGGCACUUAAGCUGGGAAACAGAAAAACAAUCAUUGACGUUAAAAGAACGUUGCUGACCAAACCGACAGAAGAAAAUAGUACAUGUAGCCAAACAAUAAAUGUUCCUGAAUUUGCAGAUGUAGUAGUGAUAGGUGGAGGUAGUGCAGGUUGCAAUGCGCUUUACCACUUGGCAAAAUAUGGAGUCAGUGCAAUACUUUUGGAACGAGCAAAGUUAACAGCUGGAACAACAUGGCAUACCGCAGGUUUGAUUUGGCAACUGAGACCGAACGAUGUGGAAAUGCAAUUGUUGCACACGACAAGAGAGUUGCUAAUGCGUCUAGAAGCAGAAACCGGAUUAGACCCUGGAUGGAUUAAUAAUGGAGGGCUGUAUAUUGCUCAUUCUGAUGUAAGAAUGGACGAAUACAAAAGAUUGGCAACAGCAGGAAAAGUAUGCGGCGUAGAUUCACAUCUAAUGUCUCCCCAAGAAGCAAAUAAGAUUUUUCCACUCUUGAACGAACAAGCAUUUCUUGGGGCGCUGUACACUCCAAAGGAUGGUGUAGUUGACCCUGCGAUGCUAUGCAACGCAUUGACAAAAUAUGCCAAGGAACAUGGGGCCAAGGUAGUACAAGAUUGUCCAGUAACUAGAAUACUGAAAAAAGAAACACAAUUAGGAUCCUCACAAAUUGCCGGUGUGGAAACACCAUAUGGUAUUAUAAAAACGAACUGCGUGGUGAAUGCUGCAGGAGUUUGGUCAAGAAGUAUAUCUAACAUGGCUGGUCUCCAGAUACCUUUAAUUCCAAUGAAACACGCAUAUGUUGUCAGUGAACCUAUUGAAGGUGUACAGAAUUGUCCAAAUAUAAGGGACCAUGAUAGAAACAUGUACUUUAGAAUACAAGGCUCGUCUCUAUGCAUGGGAGGCUAUGAGUCAAACCCUAUUAUUUUGCAGUCCGUUCCAAAAGAUUUCAACUUCGCAUUGUAUGAGUUAGACUGGAAUGUAUUUAGCCCACACAUUAAAGGAGCUGUGGAAUUGAUUCCUCAAUUUUCAACGGCAGGCAUAAGGAGUACUGUAUGUGGGCCUGAGAGUUUCACUCCAGACCACAAACCCAUUCUAGGGGAGGAUCCCAGAUGUAUGGGAUUUUUUCACAGCUGUGGUUACAACAGUGCUGGAAUGAUGCUGGGAGGUGGCUGUGGGGAUCAAAUAGCAAAGUGGAUAAUUCAUGGACGACCAGAUAAGCACAUGUACAGCUAUGAUAUUAGAAGAUUUACGCCAGAGCAAACAAGUGAUUCUCUUUGGGCAAAUGAGAGGUCUCAUGAAGCAUAUGCAAAAAAUUAUAGUAUAGUUUUUCCUCAUGAUGAGUAUCUGAGUGGACGAAAUUUGAAUAAAGAUCCAUUUCAUGAGGUUCUCUUAAAAGAAGGUGCAGUCAUGGAAGAACGGCAAGGAUGGGAAAGACCAGGAUGGUUUCUUUCUGAAGGGUCUGUGACAAUUCCACCAUAUGAUUAUUAUGGAAGUUAUGGUUCACCGAAAAAUGAAAAUAAUAAAUACAGCGAGUUGCUUCAACAAGAUUAUACAUUCAAUUUUCCAGAACACCAUCGAAUUAUCAAAGACGAAGCUCUGGCAUGUAGAAACAAUGCGGUAUUGUUUAAUCUCUCAUACUUUGGAAAGUUCUACCUUUGUGGACCAGAAGCUCAAAAGGCUGUCGAUUAUCUAUUUACAGCUGACACUAAUCGCGAAGUAAACAAGACUACCUAUACUUGUAUGCUUAACAAACACGGUGGUGUCGAAGCAGACUGUACUGUUACAUGUAUAGAAGGCGGAACUGGAACUGUAGUAGAUCCAAUUCUUAAGGGAAAAGGAUUUCUUAUUGUUGCUGGUGGUAUGUCUGGAUAUCAAACAUGGGUACACAUGAAUCAAGUAGUCAAACAGAAAGGGUUUGAGGUCACUUUGCACGAUGCUACCAAACAAAUUGGUGUGCUCGCUAUACAGGGGAAAAAGAGUCGUAAAAUAUUGGAAAGUAUUGUGGAUGGGGAUAUAUCAAAUACAGCUUUUCCAUUCUCAACCUCAAAGCUCUUGAAAAUCAAGGGAAAUUCAGUGCGUGUAUUAAGACUAAGUUUCGUAGGAGAGCUUGGGUUUGAGCUGUAUAUCCCGUCGCAAUUAUGUAUGGAAGUUUAUCAUGCGAUAAUGGACGCUGGAAAAGCUUAUAAAAUGAAAUUAGCUGGGUACAGAGCACUGUACAGUCUCAGUAGUGAAAAAGGCUAUCACCUAUGGCACUCAGAUCUCAGGAUGGAUGACAAUCCAAUUGAAGCAGGUCUAGGCUUUGUCUGUCGGAAAUCUGGAGACUAUCUUGGGAAGAAAAAAAUAGAUUAUGUUAGAAAAAACGGAGUCAAGAGGAAAAUGGCAUAUUUUCUCAUAGACGCGCAAAUUCCUUUGUGGGGUUUGGAAGCGAUUUACAGAAAUGGAAGAAACGUUGGGUACUUGAGGAGAGGCGAAUAUGCUUUUGCACUUGAAAACAGUAUUGGACAAGGAUAUGUAACACAUCCUGAAGGGGAGAACGUAACGAAACAUUACUUAGAAUCUGGAAACUACGAAAUUGAAAUUAUGGGACACAAGUAUCCAGCCAAACUACAUCUACAUAGUCCGUUCGAUCCAGAAAAUAAAAGGCUACGUGAUAUAUAUGACUAACAUACAUACAAAUUAAGAUUUUCUAAAUUAUUGAUUACAAUUUUUUUCCUUUAAUUGUGACGGAAAUCCGGUGUAAUUAAAUUAUUUUUGAAUAUUUCGUUCAAAACCUGCUAAAUCAUACAAAGAAAAGCUUAGCAUUAAAUCCAUUUAUAGCAAACAUGUAAAACCAUACAUGCUAUCACUGUGCAAUACAGACAGUAUGUGUAAGUUGAAAGGCUGUGAAUGUAUAAUAGUUAGAGGAAAAGAGCAAGAAAAGAGGUGAUGAAUUGUGAUCAACCUUAUGAGAACAACAGUUGUCUGAAUUAGUUUUUAACAAAUCUUUAUUUAAUAUUAUUUCGAACAUUUUUGUUCAAAUAAAUAUUUUGAAAAAAAAAAAAACGGUAACAUUCAACAGUUGUCAAAGCCACAAUGCUUUAUCUACCUGAGCUACGAUAAAAAUUGGAAUUACAUUCUAAAGCAGUAUUUGUAAAGUUGAAUCAUCCCGCGAGUGGGUUGGCAUGGAUUGUUAUACCAUUGAUUCGUGUCUCAGUCAGUGGCUUGAAAUUUUUUGGAUUAGUGGGCAAUUUUUCCAACUCGUCAAGAGCAUCAAGUCCAUCAAUCACCCUGAAAAAUGUAUGAGAUUUAGAAUUCUGCUUAUAUCAAACUGACGAGCCGUUACAAGUAUUUCUUUCAUUUUUUAUCACAAGAUGUUCUUUAAUACUUACUUUCCAAAUAAGGUAUAUUUUAAGUCCAGAUGUGGUUGAGGUCCGUAUGUUAUGAAAAAUUGACUUCCAUUAGAGUUGGGUCCAUUGUUGGCCAUUGACACAAGGCCUCUUGCAUUGUGUUUCAAAUCCUCUUUGAACUCGUCCUCAAAUUUACGAUUCCAAAUUGAGGUACCGCCUUUUCCAGUAUGUGUUGGGUCACCCGUUUGAACUAUAAAGCCUUUGAUGUUUCGAUGAAAUAGACAUCCGUUGUAAUAGUUGCUCGCG